AUCUCAGCUUUGCGCUUGUCCUUUCUUCCUUUGUCUAGCCUCUUUCUCUAUCCCCUUAUUUAGCUUGCUGGGAUUCCCAUCUCCCACAUCUUGCUAUUUACUUCAUCUUCUUCUUUUCCCCCUCCAUCUCCUUUUCUCUCCCCCCCAUUUCUUAAGCUAAUACACCCGGUUGUGGUGCGCUUUGUUUUCACCCCUCUGUGUCCCAAGCAACCAUGGCCGAGCGCUACAUCCCCGAGCAUCGUCGCACUCAGUUCAAGGCCCGGAACCAGUUCCGGCCUGACGAGCUCCGUCGUCGUCGUGAGGAACAACAGGUUGAAAUCAGAAAGCAGAAGAGAGAUGAGAAUUUGGCCAAGAGGAGAGGUAUCCAGACCCGCGAUGGCGGCAUUGGUGUGGGCGGCGGCGUAGCUGCCGAGAGUGACGAUGAGGCCAGCGCCAUCGAGAGUGAGCUUAAUGUGGAGCUCCCCGAGAUGGUUAAGGGCGUCUUCUCCGAUCAGAUUGACCAGCAGAUCCAAGCCACCACCAAGUUCAGGAAAUUGCUCUCCAAGGAGCGCAACCCUCCCAUUGAGCGUGUCAUCGAGACCGGUGUCGUGAGCCGCUUCGUUGAAUUCCUCCGAUCCCCCCACACUCUUGUUCAGUUCGAAGCCGCUUGGGCUUUGACCAACAUUGCCUCCGGUUCCGCCCAACAGACCCAGGUCGUUAUCGAGGCUGGUGCUGUGCCGAUCUUCUGCGAGCUCCUGAGCAGCCCUGAGCCCGAUGUUCGUGAGCAGGCCGUCUGGGCCCUUGGUAACAUUGCGGGUGACAGCCCUCAAUGCCGUGACUUUGUCCUUAACGCCGGUGCUCUGCGUCCUCUGCUGAACCUCAUCAACGAUGGUCGGAAGCUGAGCAUGCUGCGCAACGCUACCUGGACCCUGAGCAACUUCUGCCGCGGCAAGACGCCUCAGCCUGAUUGGAACACCAUUGCCCCCGCUCUUCCUGUCCUUGCUAAGCUCAUCUACAUGCUUGAUGAUGAGGUCCUGAUUGAUGCUUGCUGGGCCAUCUCCUACCUGUCCGAUGGCGCCAACGACAAGAUCCAGGCUGUCAUCGAGGCCGGCAUCCCCCGCCGUCUUGUCGAGCUCCUCAUGCACGCCUCGACCUCGGUCCAGACCCCCGCUCUCCGGUCGGUUGGUAACAUCGUCACUGGUGACGAUGUCCAGACCCAGGUCAUCAUCAACUGCGGUGCUCUUCCCGCCCUCCUUGCUCUGCUGAGCUCCACCAAGGACGGUAUCCGUAAGGAGGCGUGCUGGACUAUCUCCAACAUCACUGCUGGUAACUCCAGCCAGAUCCAGGCCGUCGUCGACGCCGGCAUUAUCCCUCCCUUGAUCAACCUGCUGGCGAACGGUGACUUCAAGACGCGUAAGGAGGCCUGCUGGGCCAUCUCCAACGCCACCUCCGGUGGUCUGCAGAAGCCUGACCAGAUCCGCUACCUUGUGUCCCAGGGAUGCAUCAAGCCCCUGUGCGACCUUCUUGCUUGCCCUGACAACAAGAUCAUCCAGGUUGCUCUGGACGGUCUGGAGAACAUCCUUAAGGUCGGCGAGAUGGACAAGGAGGCUGGCCAGGCUGAGGCAAACGUCAACCGCUAUGCCCUGUUCAUCGAAGAGGCCGGUGGUAUGGAGAAGAUCCAUGACUGCCAGAACAACGCCAACGAGGAGAUCUACAUGAAGGCGUACAACAUCAUCGAGAAGUACUUCUCUGAUGAGGACGAGGCUGGUGACAUUGAUGAGGUUGCUCCUCAGCAGACCCAGACUGGAUUCGCCCUCGGCACCACGCAACAGCAGGGCGGGUUCAACUUCGCCAACGGUGGUGACUCCAUGGAUAUGUAA